AUGACAUUCAUAUAUCUAAUUCCAUUUGCCUCCCUUGCAGUCAGCUGCAUUGCAGCCAUAUCCACCCCGGCGCCACUCCCGAAUCCGCACCGUGUCAUUACUGACACUAAUCUCGAUACCGGUAUCUCUUUCUUCAAUACAACACUGAGUGAAAGCCUUGCUGUUAAGCAGGAUGUUGGAGGUUCCUUGUUCCGUUUAGGAUAUAUCACCGGCAGGACUCCUAAUACGCUUAAUGGCACUGAUAUUACCGACUAUAUUGAUUAUCUGAAGACUGCCAGUGUACCUCCUAUCACCCUUCCCGAUGGUCGUGGCAUGAUGUGGUACAUUGAUACACCUCCGGGUGAAGGCAGUCCUGCCCACCGUACUGUCAGUCUCGAUGUUGUUAUCCAGGUUGCAGGCGAGAUUGAAGUCACGCUCGAAUCAGGCGAGAAGCGUAUCCAGAAACCGGGCGACAUGCUUAUCCAGCGCGCUACUACUCAUACUUGGAAAAACCCCAGCAACGACACGUGGGCUCGUAUGGUUGGUGUCAUGUACUCAAGCAAUCCUGUGAUUCUCAACAAUGGCACUGUACUUGGUGCUUCCGGACUCUGA